AUGUCAUUUUCAACUAUUUUUUAUUUAUUUGAUCCGCAAAAUUAUCAGCCGCAAAAACUUGUUUUCGCUUGGGUUUUUGCACACAUUUUUCCAUGUCCAAUACCCAUUGAAUAUUUGCAACAAUAUGCUUUAGCAAGCUGCUGCCUCGGUUUUCUCAGCUAUUAUUUAUGGUGCACAAUACAUACUGUUGAAACGUUGGGAGUCCUGUGA